GCCUCUAUGUAUUUUUGGACGCCGGUGUUUCUGAGUCAUCGCACCUCAGUCAGUCAACGUGGUAGCAGACGCAACGGCCGUGUAGUUGCUACCGGAUAUAUUUGGAACCACGACUUUCUCUCCAACAGCCCGACAGGAUUGAGAUGUUACAUUUUAGGUGUUCGACAGUGCUGAAGGAGUUGUUUGAAGCCACCCUCAAGCGUCCUCUGUCCGGCUCCAGACGGAAGCCCUGGUCGCCGAUCCGCCACCGCUGCUUCGGCGCCGCCUCCGUUGAUGCCAGAGCCGUCUCCACUCCACUGAAGGUCCUCUAUGCCGCCGCGCCCCGCGCCGCCUUGUUCCGCUCGUACUGCACGAAAACGGAAGGCGCAGUGGAGCUGGAAGAGCGGCUGAAGAAGGAUGGCGUCAGCAGCGAAGAAUCCAGCGAGAAGAGAAGAAAUGCAAGCAUUCUGCCCAGUUUGGAGGACUUGCUCUUCCACACAGUCGCAGAUGGUCAAGAGACGAUUCCUGCCCAUAAAUUUCUCACAGCGCUUAAAGCCACGGGGCUUCGCUCUGGAGAUCCCAGACUGAAGGAAUGCAUGGACACCCUCAAAGAAACUCUAAGGAACACAUCAGAUGGCGUUACGCUGGACAGGCACCUAUUCAAGAAGUGUGUCCAGAGCAACAUUGUCCUGCUCACUCAGGCCUUCCGCAAGAAGUUCGUCAUCCCAGACUUCCAGUCCUUCACCUCCCAUAUUGAUGAGCUGUAUGAGAGUGCCAAAAAGCUCUCUGGAGGACAGGUUGCCGACUAUAUUCCUCAGCUUGCCAAGUUCAGCCCGGACCUGUGGGCCGUCUCCCUGUGCACAGUCGACGGACAGAGGCACACAGUCGGAGACACCAAGGUCCCCUUCUGUCUGCAGUCCUGUGUCAAGCCUCUGAAGUACGCCGUCGCUAUUCACGACCACAGCACAGAGUACGUGCACAGUUUCAUUGGGAAGGAGCCCAGUGGCCUGCGCUUCAAUAAGCUCUUCCUGAAUGACGAUGAUAAGCCCCACAACCCCAUGGUUAAUGCUGGCGCUAUUGUUUGUACUUCACUGAUUAAGCAAGGUGCAAGCAACGCUGAACGAUUUGACUAUGUAAGUAUUAGAGGUCAGACCUGGUCAAUCAUUGAAGUCAGAAGUAGUCUGUUAACUUUCAUGAUCUUUGUGAAGAGUCCAUGUCUAGAUGACUAGGCACUGUCUUUAUUACUUAGUUGUAUUGUUUAUUUGAUUUAUCUCUUUAGAGAUUCUAAUCAAGUUAAUUAGCUGUGACCAAUUUCUUACUACACAGGGAUUCUAAGAAGUGUUUGAGUGUUAAUGUGUUUGCACCAGAAAAGUGACCCAAUAGUAUACUCAAAAGAAAAGAACAAGCUCUAAUAAACCACUACCUGCUCACCACCAAACAGCAGACAGACAAAGUGUCUAGCUGGUGGACAUAGUGGAGCAUUUAGCAGCUAAAGAGCCAGAUAUUUCCCUCAGGAAUUGGCGGAGACCCAAAACAGACCUAAGAGAGUGAAUACUAAGCCAACAUUCCUCAGGUGGCCAGAAACACAACUCCAAAUACUUGUUGUUCUGUAACUGCUGAAUGUGUAAAUAAGAAACUGUAAACA